AAGAACUAUGGUUAUGAAACUGAAGAAGAUGUUGAUUAACCAUAAAAAUAUCGAAAGAAGAAUGUAAAUAAAUACUUGUUUUUCGAUAAAUACUCAUCGAAAUGAGUGUAGAAGAACAAAAACUCGAGCAACAGCCUGUUUUCAAAGCAUCAUCGUUCCAACAGAACAAAAGUACGAAGAAAAAGAACGUUUGGAAGGGGUUGAAACAAAUCAUAACUUCCGAGAAGGCACUACCCUGGCCCGAUGAAGUGGUGCACUACAGUUCCAUCAACGCUCCACCUUCUUUCAAGCCUCCAGAAAAGUUUUCAGACCUUUCGGGGCUUCCUGCCCCCUACACAGACCCCCAAACAAGGUUGAGGUUUGCCAAUAAGGAUGAAUAUGCCACAAUAGUUGAUUUACCCAUGGACAUCACAGCUGGGUAUUUGGCACUCAGAGGAGCCACAAGCAUUGUUGGAUGAUCAUACCUAUUGAUUCAUAUUGAAAUUGGGAAAGUACCUAUCUGAAUUAUUACUGAGGAUGCUAGAGUUGUGAUGUCAUAAGGUAAGAUUUCAUGUAAUAAUAAAAAUUCCAAUGAAGUUGCAUUUCUAGAAUUGUGCUCUUCUCUAUUCCUCUUCUCACCCUCACCUUCAGGACCUUCUUCCAAGAUAUAGGAUUAUAAUAUAAACUCCAAUAUAACAGUUGAUGUUCAGUUAUCAGAUUAUAAUACACAUAGAUCAAAACUUCCCAAAACUUUGCCAAAAUGAAAAAUAUUUCUGACAAGUGUUCAUCAAAAAAUGUGAAUACCUACCUAAGAAAAUGAAUAACUACCUACUGAGUUACCUACCAACAUAAACAACUUAAUUCAAUACAUUUCUUUUAAGGAAUUCUGUGAGAAAUAAGAAUUAGAACACUGAUCGAAUAUUGUUAUUAUAUGAAUGAAAAUAGCAAGAAAAUAGGCUCUUUCUUUUGUAGAAGUGCAUCACAUUUCACACUUCCUGUAAUUUACACCAUAUUUGAGCAUUUUUUUGAGAAGUGCAUUUCACACCAGUGUAGUUUAUCUCCACCUGGUUUUGGGCAGGUGUGAAUUACAUAUUAUUACACUCAAAUUUAAGAAUGAAUAAAAUCAUGAUGAAUGACUUGAAAUGCAUGUGUGAUUCUAUUCAUGAUAUAUAUACACCUAUGCUGGGAAACCUGUUAGAUACAUCAAAUACCAUUUUUAAAAAUUCAAAUUGCACUGUUUCUCUUCAAUUCAAUGUUCUUCUUUCCUUCAAAAUUUGUUGGUAUAGCUGCAUAAAAUAUCUGCUGAUUCAUAGUGUAAAGCAUUCUACAUAACACUGAAAAGCAGAAAAAAUAACCUUAAUAUAGGUACUGAUUUUAGCAUAAUGGUAUAAUUUGAGUUUAUUUUGAGGUUUCCAUUUCUAUCCUACUCUGUUAGUUUGCUUGGUGCUAAUUCAA